CCGCCGGGGCCGCGCUCGCCUCCGCCGCCCCACGGGGGCCGCCCGGCUCGGCCGCCCGCCGAGCCGCCCGCUGCCAUGCCGGUGACGGUGACCUUGGCCGGCCCGGCCCCUUGGGGCUUCCGCAUCACCGGGGGAAGGGAUUUUGGGAAACCCCUCACCGUGUCCAAGGUGACGGAGCGCGGGAAGGCGGCCGCCGGCGACCUCCGGCCGGGGGACAUCAUCGUCGCCAUCAACGGGGAGAGCGCGGCCGAGAUGCUCAACGUGGAGGCGCAGAAUAAGAUCAAGCAGAGCCCCGGGGAGCUCCGGCUGGAGGUGGAGAGGUCCCCGGUGUCACCUCCCAGCCACGCCAACGGGGACACCUCACCGGAGAGGCUGGCCGCACGCUUCCAGGACACGCUGCGGAGGCAGGAGGAGAACGGGGGGGCCCCGAGACCCUCCUACCCCAGCCCGGCGUCCCGCAGCCCCCCGCCCCACAGCAGCAGCUCACAGCCCCCGCAGGAGGAUUUCGCCCAUCCCGGCCUCCACCAGGAGCGAGGAAGCCUGAGCCACCACAGCAGCCCCCCGGGGGCCAUCCUGCCUCCACCCCCCUGCCCCCCCUCGCCGGGGCUGGGGACCCCCCCAGAGCCCUGGGAGACACUCAGGGGGCGACGCCGCUCCUCUUCGCCCUCUCCCAGCCCCUUCAACAGCCUGGGCUCGGAGCCGGCCAUGCGGCGCUUGGAAGAGGAUUCGGAGGUCUACAAGAUGCUGCAGGAGAAGCGGGAGCUGCGGGCGGCCCCCCGGCAAUCCAGCACCUUCCGCCUGCUGCAGGAGGCUCUGGAGGACGAGGGUGGAGCUGGCCCCACGGCCCCUUUCCCCAGCCGGCUCUCGCCCAGCGCCCGCAAGCCCGUGGCCGGCGUCCAGAAGCUGCACGUCUGCGAGAAAUGCGGCAGCGCCAUCGCGACGCAGGCGGUGCGGAUCCAGGAGGGCCGGUACCGGCACCCGUCCUGCUACGCCUGCGCCGACUGCGGCCUCAACCUGAAGAUGCGGGGUCACUUCUGGGCGGGCGACGAGCUCUACUGCGAGAAGCACGCCCGCCUGCGCUACCAGGGGGGGCCGGGGGGGGCCAACCCCCCCACUGUUUCCCCCCACUCCUGAGCCCCAAGCGCCGGUACGGCGCGAUGGGGAGCUGGCCGCCUGCAUCCCCCCGCUGUGUCCCGGGGAGCAGCGUGCACCCCGUUGUCCGUGUCCCCCCCCCACCCCGCAACAACGCCCCACUGCUUUGGUGGAGUCGGGGUCUGCCUUGGGGGGGGGGUGUUGGGGCAUCACCGGGUUGUGGAUGGCC